UUCUCCUUAACACACCUCAUUGGGAAUUAUCACAAACAGUUGCACUAGAGCAGAGAAAAAACACUGCUAAAUAUAGCACCAUGGGAAAUUGCUUGGUUUUGGAAGAAAAAGUGAUAAAGGUUGUGAAGCCAGAUGGGAAAGUGUUGGAGUAUAGAUCACCAAUCAAAACAUUUGAGGUCUUAUCUGAAUUCUCAGGCCAUGCACUAUCAGCCGAGACAACUACUAGUGGUUCAGUACUACUAAACCAGCAUCACCUCAAGCCAGAAACCAGACUCCUCGGCGGCCAUCUCUACUACUUGGUACCGGUUCCUUUGCCGGCCAAGAAGAAGACGAUGAAGAAGGUCAGGUUUACAGAGCCAGAAAAGGAAGAAGAAAAAAAACCAGAACAAGAAACUACUGCUAAGAUCAACAGUAGCAGCAGCAAGGUUGUGAGGAUUAAGUUGGUUAUAAGCAAGCAAGAACUGCAGGAGUUGUUGAAAGGCACCGGAGGAGGAUCAGUGCUUACGGUGGAUGACAUGGUUUCUAAGCUUCAUUCUGAUAAAAAAAUCAAACUUGAUGGUUCUGAUGAUUGUGAUAGAUUCAAUCUUGAUGAUGGUGAUGAUGAUUAUGAUUUUCAAAGAGAAGGGUGUAACUGGAAGCCUGUGUUAGAAAGCAUACCUGAACUAAACUAGCAACUAAUGAUAAUUAAGUAUAUAUGUCUUGUAGUUGUUGUUGUUAUAGCUUCUAUACUAGAUGAUACAAAGAAUGGAUAUUGUAACCUCCAUCACAAUAUAUACAUCAUAAAUACAAACAGUUUUAGUCCA